AUACGAAUUGCGUCAUGACGCAAGAGUCUACGUCACACGGUGUUGCAGAUGAACCAACCGGGAAGUAUCAGGAGAGCUGAAAAUGUUUACAUUUAGUUUGACGCUCAUACGACAUGGGGAAACACAGUACAACAGGGAUAAGCUGCUGCAAGGUCAAGGUGUGGACACCCUCUUGUCAGAGACAGGUAUGCAGCAGGGUGAGGCCGCAGGACGAUACCUCACAGACAUCACAUUCAACAACGUGUUUGUCAGCAACCUACAGCGGGCUGUGCAGACAGCUGAAAUAAUUCUGAGGAAAAACACUCAUUGUUCUGGCACGGAGAUGGUUUUGGAGUCGUUACUCAGAGAGAGGGGUUUCGGCAUUGCCGAAGGGCGUCCCAAAGAGGAUCUGAAGAACAUGGCGAACGCUGCCGGUCAGUCGUGUCGUGACUACACUCCUCCGGGAGGAGAGACUUUAGACCAGGUGAAGCUGCGUUUUAAAAAAUUCCUCAAACUCCUUUUCGAGCGAAUGUUGGAUGAGCACGGCUGGUCAGCGCCGGAUGCCUCUGCGGGCGCGGCCGCAGCAAACAUGACAGCGGCUGCUGCCACGGACGUCGCUCUUGACGGUUCGGCUGACGACGGUCUGCAGGGCGUGUCUGUCCACGCUCUGGUGGUGAGCCAUGGUGCCUACAUCCGUGUGGCCAUCAGGCACCUUGUAGAGGAUUUAAAGUGCUCUCUGCCUCCGGGGGUGAAGAUGUCCCACCUGUUUUCCCCGUGUCCAAACACGGGCAUCAGCCGCUUCAUUCUCACCCUGAGCCAGUCCGAGUCCGGCCCGGUCCUCUCCACUGCUCGCUGUGUUUUUACCAACAGAAAGGACCACCUGGAAAACCUCACGGCUGCUGAAUAGUGUAAAAGAAAAGAAAUGGAGUAAAAGUUUAUGUAUGCAAACCGUGUGCGUGCACAUGUACACAGUAUUUGAGUGAUAAAAAGAACUAUCAGGAACACAAAAGGGAAUCAACAAUGCACAUCAUGCACAGGGUAAAUGAUCUUUCCUCAGUUAUCUGUAGUGUUUUGCUCUGAAUUAGUAGUCAUGAUAAUAACCUCUGAUUGUACAGUACUGUAUUAUCAAAGCAUUUCAUCGUCCUCUCAACUGUAGGCCAGUAAGGACUCUUGACAUUCUACAUUUUUAAUCAUGUUAUUUUUACUGCUUCUUUUAUCAAACCAAAGUCAGACUAUUUAAUGUGUUAUUGAACACGAUCAGUGAAUGUGGCAUUUCAGUUGAUGUGUCUCCUUGUGUUGCAAUUGUGGUGCUGCUCAUUUUACUCGUGCAAUAUAACAUAACACUUUUUUUGUUUUUGUUUGAGUUUGUGUUGAACAAAAAGGUAAAUGUAAUGAAGUACAAUGUGAUCUAUUUAUAUGAAUACUACAGAGAUUAAAUCUUAAACACUGAAGAAAAGCACAAAAGUACUUUUACUGUACUGAUACAUAACAGAAUAUAUAAGGAAAGAGUGGAAGAAGA